AUGGCUUCUUUCAAGAUCAAGGUUAUUUGCAACCUGAUUUUGAUAGCUUUUCUGUAUAGCAAUCUGUCCCAGGCUUUCCCCGGAAAGGGAUUUGGUCGGGGUGGCGCUGGUUACUCAGGUCUUUUCCCUGAGUUCUAUCAGUUUUCAUGUCCACAAGCUAAUGAAAUUGUCAUGUCUGUCUUGGAGAAAGCCAUCUCCCGUGAUCCAAGGAUGCCGGCAUCUCUGCUGAGGCUCCAUUUCCACGAUUGCUUUGUCCGGGGCUGCGAUGCAUCAGUACUGUUAGAUGACAGCGCAACGAUAGUAAGCGAGAAGAACUCAGGUCCGAACAAGAACUCCAUCAGGGGAUUUGAAGUGAUUGAUGAAAUUAAAGCAAAACUGGAACUAGAAUGUCCUCGCACAGUUUCCUGCGCUGAUAUUCUAGCCCUUGCUGCACGAGAUUCAGUUGUACUAAGUGGUGGACCUCAUUGGGAAGUCUCAUUAGGUAGGAGGGACUCAAGAUCAGCAAGCUUGAGCGAAUCAAACCGUGACAUCCCAGCGCCUAACUCCACCGUCCAGACCCUCAUAUCUUUCUUCCAACGCCAAGGUCUCAAUGAAGAAGAUCUCGUAGCUCUUUCUGGAGGUCACUCAAUUGGGGUGGCUAGGUGUGUAACAUUCAGGCAAAGGCUGUACAAUCAAAAUGGCAACAACAAACCUGAUAUGACAUUGGAGAAAACAUACUACAACGAGUUGAAAGCCGUCUGUCCUCAAUCUGCUGUGAAGAAGAAUCACGCGGACGAAUGCGUAUAUAUGCAAGGCAGGAAUAGGAUGUGGAAGAGGUUGGCGGCGGCGACGACGAGGAAACGAUCCCUCGUGAUUCUGCUAUUUGUACUGGCACUCUUCUCUGCAUUUGCCUUCUUCAUCAAAGCCCUUCAUGGUUCUUGCGAUGUUCACCAUUAUGAAUACGUUCACACCGGAGAUAAUUAUCCCAGCCCGCUUACCCAAAUCAGAAUACAAGAUAGCCCUCUUAGUUUCAUGAAGUCCAAGCUCGUUCUUUUAGUCUCCCACGAACUCUCCCUUUCUGGUGGACCUUUGUUGUUGAUGGAACUGGCGUUCUUGUUAAGAGGGGUUGGAACCCAAGUUGUUUGGAUUACUUAUCAGAAACCUGUUGAAUCUGAUGAAGUGGUUUAUAGUUUAGAGCAGAAAAUGCUGGAAAGAGGAGUGAAGGUUGUUCCAGCCAAGGGUCAGGAGGCUGUUGAUGUUGCUCUAAAAUCUGAUUUGGUUAUUUUGAAUACUGCUGUUGCUGGGAAGUGGCUUGAUGCAGUUCUAAAGGGAGAUGUUUCUCGAGUUCUUCCCAAGGUUUUGUGGUGGAUUCAUGAAAUGCGAGGGCAUUACUUUAAACUUGAAUUUGUUAAGCACCUCCCUUUUGUUGCAGGUGCCAUGAUUGACUCGCAUACAACUGCUGAGUACUGGAAGAAUCGUACCCAAGAACGUUUAAAGAUUAAAAUGCCUGAUACGUAUGUGGUGCACCUUGGGAACAGCAAUGACUUGAUGGAUGUUGCUGAAGACAGUGUUGCCCGAAGAGUCCUCCGUGAGCAUAUCAGGGAAUCACUUGGACUGCGAAAAGAAGAUCUUGCAUUUGCCAUAAUCAAUAGUGUUUCCCGUGGGAAAGGUCAAGAUCUGUUCCUCCGCGCUUUCUAUGAAAGUCUGCAAAUUAUUCAGGAGAGAAAACUGCAGGUUCCAUCAAUUCAUGCACUAGUAGUUGGAAGCGACAUGAAUGCACAAACUAAGUUUGAGACAGAACUUCGUACCUUUGUGGUGGAGAAAAAAAUUCAAGACCGUGUACAUUUUGUGAAUAAGACUCUCAAUGUGUCUCCCUACCUCGCUUCCAUUGACGUUCUUGUUCAGAACUCUCAGGCUCGAGGAGAAUGUUUUGGGAGGAUAACAAUUGAAGCCAUGGCUUUCAAGUUACCUGUGCUGGGAACGGCGGCUGGAGGCACAACAGAGAUAGUGGUGAAUGGAACAACUGGAUGGCUGCAUCCAGCAGGUAAAGAAGGGGUAACACCGCUUGCAGAGAACAUUGUCAAACUGGCAACAGAUGCGGGUAUGAGGCGGAGGUUAGGAGAGAAAGGAUACGAGAGGGUAAAGGAAACAUUUUUGGAGCACCACAUGUCGAGUAGAAUUUCAUUAGUUUUGAAGGAAGUUUUGCAGAAAGCAAAGAACAGUGUUUAA